CCCACUCUACGUAAUUCUCCCAGCCAAAGUGGAAUUUGGGCCGAGUUUUCCCCCCACCCUCUACAGCCUGAAAACCACGUAGCGUUUCCAAUGUGUUUGUAAACGGUAGGAUUUGGAUACUUUUAGUGCAGAAGAAUGGAGUUUUAACAGCUCAGGCGAUGAAGGUUUGACCUUAAACUUGCUUUGUAAACUUUGGAUGGAGUUUGUUGUCGCCCAGUCCAAACUAAGCACUGAGGCACUGAGGGGGAUCGGAAUUUACCGGUGAACAGGCUGGGAGGGGGAAAACGAGAAAAGAAGACUGGCAUAACUCAAAGAACAAAAAAGGGAAGUUUUUAAACUUUUUUUUAAUUUUUUUAAGAGACUGCUUAAAUCUCCCCCUCUUCCUCUUCCUUCUAUCUGGGCUCCAGCCAUGGCGAAAAAAUACGAUUUCCUCUUUAAACUGCUGUUGAUCGGGGACAGCGGAGUGGGUAAAACGUGCCUCAUCAUCCGUUUUGCAGAGGACAAUUUCAACUCCACAUACAUCUCCACCAUCGGCAUUGACUUUAAAGUAAAAACAAUUGAAGUGGAUGGAAAGAAAGUGAAACUACAAGUCUGGGACACAGCAGGACAGGAGAGGUUCAAGACCAUCACUACUGCCUACUACAGGGGAGCCAUGGGCAUCAUCUUGGUUUACGACAUCACUGAUGAGAAAUCCUUUGAAAACAUCCAAAACUGGAUGAAGAGCAUCAAGGAAAAUGCAUCUGCUGGGGUCAGUCAGAUGCUUAUAGGAAAUAAAUGCGACAUUGAGCCGAAACGGAAAGUGUCCAAGGAGACGGGAGAGAAGCUGGCAAAGGAUCACGGUAUCAGGUUCUUCGAGACCAGUGCAAAGUCCAGCAUUAAUGUGGAAGAGGUGAGCCACAAUGAAUCCACCAUGACUGCACACCUCACUGAACUUUUGGGCUUGUUUUGUGUAAACGCUGUUAAUGUGCUGCAAAGGUUAAAUCUUAUUUCCUCUGCUUCUGUGUUCCAAUCUGUCUGCUAUGCAGUCUUUUCUAGCUUUGGCAAGAGACAUACUGUAUAAAUCCACCAAGAAGCCGGGUUCGGCGGGAAAAGAGGUGAAAAUCACCAGCAGUACAGAGAAAUCGUCCUCAAAGUGUGCCAUUCUCUAGAAGUGACAUGUGUAUGCCACAGACAUUUAAGAGCACCAUGGAAAAAUGCAAAGGUUUUCUGUCUCCAUCUGCUGGCCAAAACUGGUCAAAUAUGUUCAAGUGCUGAGAGUUUGUCUGUUUUUAUAUCCAAACCGUUGUUUAGUCCACAAGAAUUUUAGCAUGCCCAAAUUAAUUUAUUAUUCUGAGACCUUUUUUUUUUUUGUGAUUGUUACCACAAAAACUUGCUGAAAGUGACCAAACGCCUGAACUCAACAUGUUCAAUGUCCCCUGUGUCCAAUCUAAUUCUUUAUAGCAAAAAGCCACACUCAUUAUCAUUCCUGCACUGGCACUGUUGUAUAAUAUUAUCAUUUAUUCAUCUGCGCACAAGCUGUAGCAGUUUUCAGGAGUUUGAUCAUUCCUGAAAAUCAGAACAUUUCAGAUCAAAACUUGUUUUUAAAAUGAUUUUAUACCAAGUGCCAAAAUUCCAGUCAAAUAUGUUUAGGUAUUUUAAAUGUUGGAGCAGGUUACUAGAAUAAGAAUGCCUUUAGUUAUUGGUUUAGUUUCCCGUCAGAGUUUACAUGAAUAUAUAAUGCAUAUAAAUGGGCGUACGUUAGACUUUCAAUGAUUUAUUGAAAUCAUUCUUUUUUUUUUUCUCGGGGUGGAGAAAAAACAUUGAACAACUUUCAUGAUUUCUAAAAACAAGACUUAUGUGAACAAGUUUGAAUUCACAUAGAGAUACAAUUUUGAGAUCUAUACAUACACUUGUCCCUGUACAUACAACAGUUUCAUUUUAUUGAAACAUGGCUUUUAGGUCAGAUGGGCAGGGCUGUUUUCCCAAGUACAAAUUAAAUCUGGUUUGCAGAAGGCCUACAUCAGGCUCGUGACAUCCAGACAGAACUAUACCAGAAACUUGUAAAAGUACAGUAAGCUCAAACCAAGGCCUCCUGUUCUUGUUUUAAAAUGUGGGGUGUAAUCAUUCCAACCUGAGGAGGAAAAAUGUCUUAAAUUUGUUACUGAAGUCCCAGAGAUAAUGAGAAAAUACUUGAAAUUCUGACAUUUUGUUUUCUAUAAAUUUGCCACGCGAAAACAUUGUAUAAAUAUCUUGAAAUAAAUAUUAAGGAUUCCCAAGUCGGCAUUGUUUACUCCCUGAAAAGUAGAGGACUGAACAAGUGUUCUGCUCCAUUUAACAAUCAACAAGAGUGUGUCAUUAAAUGUUAAAGAUCCUGAUGACGUCCUGUUUUCCCUCCCCUGGAGAAUUUUUGAAAUUUCUCUCCAUCAUAAUGAAUCCCACAAAUGGAAUCCAAACAAAAGCCGUUUGUCAAACAAGCCCUGAUUUACUAGCUGGAUGAAGAAUGUAGACGAUGUCAAGCAGAGACCUAGAAGUGCAAUCUGAGAAGCCGAGGGAAGAGAUGGAGGAAGGAUGGGUGUUAGUAAGUGAAAGGACAGGAUGUGAGAGACGAGGAAGCAGCAGAGCAUGCAUGCCUCUCGCACUGAAUUGAUUGAAAUGGGCUUGCCUUUUAUCUGAAGUGCCUAAACGUUGCCGCACAUUAGCUUCAUCUGACGUGACUGUCUCCCUGCUCAUGCAGUUUUUCAAAUGCUGAAAAUCACUCCCACUGCAGGUGUUAAUUGCGGCAGCUUUGUUUUCUGCUUACAGACCAGAGCUCUUGAAAACCGGAUUUUUUUUUUUUUUUUUUGGUCAUAUUUGUUACACUUUUAUUGUUUUGGAUCUGCCAUUGUAAACGGACUUUACAGAGCCGAUUCUUUAUUAAUAAAAGUCAAAUACUAUGAAAUGCU